CAGAGUGUGUGUGUGUGUAUGUGUGUGCGCCGGCGCUAUGUUUGUGAGGCAGAGAGUUGCGUGCGAAGAGCUCGACAUGUCAUUCAGAGGAAUCCGCCACCUGAAACGCGAGGAAGUGAAGGCGACUCAAUUGGGUAUAAAGAAUCAACCAACAUCUGCCUCGAGCAGUGCAAAGCUGAUGAAAACAUCAGCUCAGAGCUCGCGCGCGACCUCAACCAUUUUAUUUGAUUUCCAUUGGACCUAUUCGCUGGAGUCGGUGCACCCUGGGAGACGCAUCUUUUAUUUUUAUUUUCUAUUUUUUAUUUAUUUUUUAUUGCAAUUGAAGCGAAUGUUACUCAUCUACCCAAACUAUUGGAAAUAACUGAAGAUAUUUUAGGUUAAUCCUUUAAUAUCGCACCUGUUACCUCCACGGAGCGCAAGAUCAUGAUCCCGCCGGGGGACUGCAUGUAUGCGGGCAGAAAGAGGAGGAAGCCCAUCCAGAAACAGAAGCCUUCCUCUGCCAAUGAGAAAACCAACCCGUCCAAGCGACACCGGGACAGGCUGAACGCUGAGCUGGACCGACUGGCCAGCCUGCUGCCAUUCCCCCCUGAUGUCAUCUCCAAACUGGACAAGCUAUCCGUGCUGCGGCUCGCAGUUUCCUACCUCCGUGUGAAAAGUUUCUUCCAAGCGACUCAAGAGAAGACCUCCAGAAAGCAGAUGAUUGGCUCCUCCAACCCCGACCCCAGAAAAGAGAGCCUCUCUUUAGGCGCCACCAUCAGUGAGAGCAACCUCCUCUUGGAGUCUCUGACAGGUUUCGCCUUGGUGGUGAGCAGUGAUGGGAUGGUUUUUUAUGCUUCUUCAACUAUUGUGGACUACUUAGGAUUUCAUCAGACUGACGUGAUGCACCAAAAUGUCUUUGACUACAUCCACAUAGACGACCGCCAGGAGUUCAGACGCCAGCUCCACUGGGCCAUGUGUCCUCCACAGCACCAGGGGGCGCCUGCACAAGAAAGCCAACAAGCAUCAGCAGCUGGCGAGGACUUCGUAGUGAGCAGCCUGUUCAACUCUCCGGAGGCGGGAGAAAUCUCCCCAGAGCUCUCCUGCUUUCUCAACAGAUGCUUUAUAUCCAGAGUCCGAUGUCUCUUGGACAGCACCUCUGGGUUCUUGACUAUGCAGUUCCAGGGUCGGCUAAAGUUCCUCCACGGUCAGAAAAAGAAGACGGCCUCCGGGGUGUUAGUGCCGCCCCAGCUGGCUCUGUUCUGCAUCGCUGUACCGCUUUUGCUGCCCUCCAUCGCUGAGAUGAAAGUGAAAAACAUUUUAAUGCGGGGAAAGAGCAAGGGAGGAGGGAUUAUCUCAGCAAUGGAUCAAAGUGAGCGUGGAGAGCACCUACGGAGGCACUCCUUAAACGGAGGGAUGGGUGACACUUCCGACCCCGUCCUCCUCUCCUGUCCCAGUAUGGGGGCUAACCAGCGAGGCCACCACACUUCCUGGAAUACCGUCGGCAAAGACAAUCACAAAUACCACCCUGACGGCUACCUUAACCAGGAGGAGCCCCUCAACUACUGCAAGUCCUCCAUGGCGGCUCACAAAGGUCUGCAUGCUGGUAUGGGGGGAGGCUGGCCUUUGCAGCAGAACUCGGGUCCUCUGAGAGGGGGCCAGGGCUGCAUCCCCACGAACCGCCUGAACCGGGCCGGUCAGUACGGAAGGCCCUAUCGGUAUUCUCCGAACUGUCACAACAGUAGAAGCAACGAGGUCUUCAUCUCCAAGCUCUACGAGAACGUCCAGCUCCCGACAGAUCCGGACGCUUUCUGCGUAGACCUGGUGAAGAGCGAGAGCGACUACGCAGAAUGCUACGACCGGCAUCUGAUGCCUGCCAUGCAGCCCAUCAAGGUGGAGCACGACUCGGACUCUGAGAACGGAUGCGACGUCUACGGGCAAACCUGGGCUACCCGCGACCACGUACCCAUUGACCGGCGCUAUGGCAACGGCUUUUACGACCCCAGCUCUGGCUUGCAACUCAAAUCUGAAGCAGAUUACUAUGAGCAGCAGUAUUCGCCGUGUCAGCGGGGAAAAUUGGGGAUCAGCCCUCCGUACAGCAACUAUCCAAACUAUGCAGUCAACAACGGCGGGGGCGCGGCUCCACGCCUGCCGAAAUGCGACAAAGACUUGAGUGACUCCAGCCACUACAGUCCCCAAAGACUUUCCCACUCAGAUUCUCUAUGCAACAACCAAUCGAUCAACCCCAUGGACCCCCACAUCUACCCACAGAACCCCAACAAGACCUACAUGCACCCAGACUACAACAAGCACGGCCCCUACGAGUUCAAAGGUCACGGUCGGAUCCAUUCAAUCAAGCGCGAGCCCAUGGACUCCCCGCCGUGGUCUGACAGCGGCCCUGACAUGAACAACUCCAUCAUGGUCGGAGCGAGGAACGUUAUGCCGUGUGUGAUGAGCACGGGGCACCAGAGGUCCAGCCCCUACAUGUACAUGCCAUGAGAGCAACCAGACCGCCACGCUCCUCUGCUCUGAGGGCUCAAAGGCUUUAACUGACGGGGCAUCUGUCCUGUUUUGGGACGUUCUUAGUUUGCAUAUCUGGAAUAAUACAUGUUUCAACACUUUUUUUAUACAGUUUUCAUCACUCUGCCUAUACUCUUCAACCCUCCGUUGUCUCACGGUGGGAAAAACAGCAAGAAUACAAGAGAAGAGCUCUUAUGUUUCUGUCAGUGGCUUUAGCACACAGACCAGCAACCUCAAUUGUGUGUUUUCACACACAACAUCAGCUUUUAGGAAACUUGUUUUUUUAUUUAAACUAUUGAUGUCAUUAAAAUGCAAUUUAAACUGAAACUUCCUUAGUUUGAUACAUGGAAAAGGUAGUUUUUUUUAACCCUUAUAUUGGUCAAAAUCUGCCUAUUUUUACACUUGAAAAUGGGUCAAAUUUGACCCAAAUACAAAAUAUGGUUAAGAUUGUAAGAAAAUCAGGAGUAAAAACAAUUAUAUAGAUCUUUGUUUACGACAUCUAGUAUUGAUUGGCUCACAGAGUGGAUGAAAUCUCCUUUAAUGCAGCUUUUUGAAUCAUUUUGACAGAAAAAAUGCUUUUCUUUUGUUUUCAAUGUCAGCAUUACUGAUUUAACUAACCUUCACCCUUAGAAACACUAGUUGAGUGAAAACCCCUUAAUGACAAUCAAGAAAAGUUGGUUUUGGAAUGGAAUUAAAGGACGUUGAAUUAUGAGUGGAAUCAAUUAAAUAGAACUGAAAGAGGCUAAAGAGUUUUUUUAAUCCUGUCCUCAUGAAGGGAUUUUAACUUUGUGCAGAUACACAAAAGUUACCCCACCCCAAUAUAUGCUCAAUAUGCAAGCAUACUAAUGUGCAUUGAAAUGCUUUGUCCUAUCCUUUUCACAUGCGUACCAGCAUAACAAGAUAAAAGCUUUUCAUCGGAACGUUCUCCAGGAUUUCCAGGACUUCUUCUGCAAAGAAAAAGUCUCCCAGAGGCUCAGGUUCAGAUUUAGUCUUCUGACAAUCAAAAUUGUCCAGUUUAUGGAUAUGAUUUAUUUUUUUAUGGUACACAAGUGGUCGACUUCUGCCAGCACUUUUGGGUUUUUCUAGCUGCAUGAUGUUCAAUUAGCUUCCAGGGAAAGAAUAGGCAGACUUUUGUUGGGCAAUAACCCGUUGUAGAUCAUCAGGAAGUGAUCUAAUCACCAAAUUAAGCAUUUUUGAACGUACUUGGCAGUCAGUGUUAGCAAAAUAAGAGUAGCUUCCAAAAAUAACUCCUCCACGACUUCUUUAUAUCCAAGAAAAAACAAGGAUUUCCAACUUUAAUUGAUUUUAGACACAAAAAAGACUCUAAAAGAAGCCAAAAAAGCAACUCUUUCAAAAAAUAAAUCAAAUGUUCAAGAUUAACUUAUCACCUAGAAACUAUUUUACUACGUUUUUUUGUCCAACUUUGGGUCCGCCCACCAGCUGAUCAAAAAAUUAAAAAAAAUCCCCCAGUUAUGCACAAUUUUAAGCUCUAAUGAAACUGAGAUACCCCUCACACAUCCCUACCACGGCUGAAAAGAGAGCAAUAACCAUCAAAAGAGGUUUUUGUGACAAGGCACAUCAUAAGUUUGUCUUUUUAGCUUCAGCACUGAGGGCAAAUGGGUCCUAAUUAAAACCAUGGUCAUUUGAGGAACUGCAGCAUUCGGCAAUCCCAGAUUCAUUUUAAAGAAUGUGGGUUAAUCUCAUGGGAUUCAAUCAUAUAAAAGCUCUGAUAAAUUGUUAAAGAAGAAAACAAAAUGUAGCAUCAAAAAUAAGAAAUGUGGAGCUAAAAACCUGACAUGAAAACAUGAAAUCCUAAUAAAAAUAACCAAAUGAAGCUUAACUUCUUUAAAUAAUUGACUCUUUAAAUUUAGUCUGUUGUUGCAUUAAAUAAUGUUAAGCUAAAGCAAAAGUCAACCAGUUUAUAAAAACAUAUUUUUAAAUUAAAAAUAAUUUUUGAUAUCACUUCACUUGUAUAAUUUGUCAGUGAGAAAGAUUAUGCAUUUCAUUUCCAAAAGCUACUGCUGUAACAAUUUUUACAUUUUAAAAACCAAUUUUAUUAUAUUUUUACAAAAUUUACAAAUAGAAUUUAAUAAUAAAAAGUCCAACAUUUUCAAAACUUACAAAUUCUAAUAUUCUUUAAAUUGUCUUUUAUUUUGAGAUAAAUUUACAUUUUAAAAUCCCCAUUUAUCUUUGCUCUCAUUUCAAUACUUCUUUUACAUUACAUGACAUUUCCGAAAAUAUUUUUUACAUUUAAAGUUUUCUACGCUUGAAAAUUGCAUGUUUAUGUGGAUCAUGAAUUAAAAUCAGUUUUCAAAUAAUUGAAAUGUAUUUGUUUUGCACAGCAAAAUAUUAGGUCAAUACUAAUGGGUUUUUACAUUUGUGUCUUAAAACAAGAUUUUUCCUUUUUUAUUGACAAACGAGCUAUUCAUGUCUUUAUUCUCAAUUUGAUUUGAUUUUUAAAAAUAUUACUUAACACAAUUUAUUGCAACAGAUAUCCAAAAGAAAGUUAUAAAUAUUUGAAAAAUAAGUUAAAAAAAAAUAAAAAAAACAACUGCAUUUGCUCACUCUGGCCCAGCGCUGACUUUUUCUCCACACAUUAAAAUAAUUUUAGGUGUAAAAAAUUUGAUUUCACAGGUUGAAAUUUUCCUGAGAAUUUCUGUCCUAAAACUUCUGGUAUAAACAGAGAUCCUUUUAGCUUUAAUCCAAACUUAUUUUGUGCAGAUUAGAUUAUGGCCAGAUCAAUGCGAUGCAGAAAGCUCCUCCUCUUUCAAGUCUAAGAAAAACAUCUGAACAAAAAACACUUGGAAUAUAUUAUACAUUAUACCAUGUCAUUGUUAUUUCUACUAUGAGCUCAUAUUGAUGGAUCAAUAAUGAUACUAAUAUUGACUCAAAACAUUGCAGAGCAAAACCUCCCCUUGUCCCGCUGUAGCUCCGCCCCUUUUUCUGGGCCAGACUGAGUGACAGCAGGAAGUAAAACUCAAAAAGAGCAGAUCGUCAGUAAAUGUGAGAUCCUCUCUGCUGUGUUUGAAAGAUUUUGCUCCUAACAUUUAAAAACAAUGAAGUCAGUUGGUCUUUUCUUAAACCCCUUUUCAAAAGUUUGAUUAAAGAUUUUUUUUUCUGUGAAAAACAAAGACAUUUCAACAUUCCAAUUGGGGGGCAUGGUGGUAGUGGGUUAAUGAUUUGGAGUUGUGUUACAUUGACAGUUUAGGCAAUAGAAAGAUUUAUGAAAAAUGGAGGAAACUGAAUAAUGGCAUAUGACAGCAGUUAGCAGAAAGGCUAGACCACAAAUAGAUUCAAAUAAAACUUUAUUAACUUGUCAACAAAUAUACAACAAUGCACAACAAUGCAAAAAAAACUCACAAUGCAGAGAAAAUAUAUGAUCUACUGUCAUUAAAGUUAGAUUAACAGGGUGCUAAAUUUUGGUGUGAUAACUGAUCUGCAACAAGCAAUGUAUGGAAGUUGGAUUUUCUCUUUUUUAUUGUUUUUUAGUUUUUUUUCUGCAUGAGACACAUUUCUGUAAACCUACAAAACUCCAGAAAAAGUCAGUUGGUUUGAUGGCCUGACCUUGUUGCCGCUUUACUGUUCAAAAAUGUUGUUUCUAACAUUUGGUUUUAAAAUCUCUCGCGCAAACAGAGAUCUCUUAAACUUUUAUUUAUGUACAGAUUAGAUGAUCACAGAUUAAGGCCAGACCAAUCCAUCUCACCACAUUUGUUUUGAACCUUCACCUCUCUUGUGUUUUCAAACAAGAUCCUGCGUCUUUUCGUCAGUAUUUUUUUGCACAAAUGAGUUGAAAACACAGAAAAGUCUCAGUUCUGUGAAGCCACUGUUGUAGCUUCUAAAUUGCACUACUGGGAACAGUUCAGUUGAAGAUCUUUGGCUUAGUACCCAGAAAGGACUCGACACGCACAACUGUACAGUCUCACUGUUCUAGAUUUGUCUUUUUUUGUGUUUGUGUGUGUGCUCAAGUCGGUAAAUGUUUAUUUGUAUUUAUUAUACAAGGCAAAAGUGUCUAAUUUAAAAAGUACAGUUUCAAAGGCUUCUGUUUUACUAACAUAAAUAAAAAUGGCUGUUUUUUCCCUCUUCAAUAUCUUUUUAAUAAAGUUGAACUCAUGGAGGAAGGUAGCAAACGGUGUAAAUAUGCAGCGUCUUCCGAUGUUUCUACUUAUUUUUUUUUGCAAAUGGAACUUAUCUAUUAAAGACCGUCUUUAUAUGUUCAACCUGAGUGAAGUGCUGAUCUUUUGACAAGAUGAAUGCAUCCAUGCAUGGUUUUUAUUGUUCCCCACAACAUCUUUGUCUCCUUACUCUACCCACUCGUCCACAGUGGUCAAUAAUACAUGGAGCAGAACAGGAUCCAGAGUAUCUGCGGCCACAUU